CAACUUUCCAGUUCUUGACAUUCACGGUUCACCUCAUCACUGCCCGGCCCAUCUCAGCGGGCGGACCUUCGCAGACGAUUCUUUUGGCUUUUGCCUGCUCCUCGACCUGGUCGCGUGAAGGUCGAUGGACUUUCUCAAAUCCGCAGUCGCUUCUGCAAUCGCCAAAUCCAGCUCCUUCCCAGUCACCAUCGGCGAUCGUAUUGAUUUCGGAGACUCCAUAUGGAUCCUGCACAAUGCGACCAAGAAGGAUGAUAACUCGCCGUGCUGUCUCUUCAACUUCGAUAUUCAUGCCAACAAGGCUCUACUGCCCUUAGCCAGAAACGCCGCCCGAAAACUGCGAACAAUACGGCACCCCGGUGUGAUACGAGUGAUCGAUGUGAUCGAAAAUGAUACAAAUAUCUACAUCAUCACAGAGAAGGUUACGCCACUGGCCUGGCAUAUUAGGCGCAAGAGUUUGAGUGAAGAGACCAUAAAAUGGGGGUUGUACAGCGUUUCCUCCACACUCAAGUUUAUUAAUAACGACGCCUCUUCUGUGCAUGGCGCAGUGCGUAUCACCUCAGUAUUCACAAGCGAGAGUGGAGAAUGGAAGUUGGGAGGGUUUGAAGUGCUGAGCUCUAUGAACGACGACGACGCAAUUAUUUACAACUAUGGAAGUUCAUUACCAAAUUCGAAUGCUUACGCCCCGCCCGAAGUGGUCAAUGGUGGGUGGUCUGCUAUCAAGAAGAACCCCUUGGGAGCCCCGGACGCCUACGGUCUCGGCACUCUCGUCUAUGAAGCAUUCAAUGGUGGUUUCAUGAGCAGCGACAGCCUAGCACAGCCAAAGAGUAUACCUGCCAACAUGGUGCCGAGCUAUCGGCGGCUGAUCAAUGCCAAUCCAAAACUGAGACUGAAUGCUGGCCAAUUUGUCGAGCAGGGAAAGAAAGUUGGAGGGUUUUUUGAGACUCCCCUUAUUCAUAUCACCGAAGGAGCAGAAAGUCUUGGGUUGAAGAAUGAGGAGGAACGAAAUGAGUUUUUGAGAGAACUCGACAGCCUCACGGACGACUUCCCCGAAGAUUUCUUCAAGAUGAAAAUCUUGCCCGAGCUCCUGAAGUCGGUCGAGUUUGGCGGUGGGGGACCCAGUGUCUUUGGAGCCAUAAUGAAAAUCGGGUUGAAAAUGUCCGACGAUGAAUUCGAAUCGCGGCUUGGACCACUUAUCAUCCGCCUCUUCAAUAGCCCCGACCGGGCCAUGAGAGUAUGCUUGUUGGAUAACCUCCCACUGAUGAUCGAUCGAAUACCGCAAAAGGAUGUGAACGGCAAAAUCUGGCCUGCCAUGACAACAGGUUUUACUGACACAGCCCCCAUCAUUAGGGAGCAGACAGUAAAGGCCGUCCUCUCCGUGAUUUCGAAGUUGUCAGACAGAAUCAUCAACGGCGAGCUCCUCCGAUUCCUCGCCAAAACGGCCAACGAUGAUCAGCCUGGAAUUCGGACUAAUACCACCAUAUGCCUCGGGAAAAUCGCAAGAAAUCUAGGGGUCGGGUCACGUUCAAAAGUACUGAUUGCUGCCUUUGGCCGCUCUCUGAGAGAUCCUUUCGUCCAUGCCCGAAGUGCAGCGUUGAUGGCGCUCAGCGCAACUAUUGACGUUUUUAGUGACGAUGAUUGUGCCACGAAAAUUCUGCCUGUCAUUUGUGUCAGCCUGGUCGACAGAGAGAGGAUAGUUCGUGAUCAAGCCACGAAAGCCGUCGAAUCCUACUUGGCUAGGGUUCGCAAAUAUGCAUCAACUCUCCCUGAAACGGCACUUCCGCCAGAGCAAGGCCAGGGAGCAGCAACUGCCGCCUCACCAGCAAGGAUCGGCAAUCAAAGCGAUACCAGUUGGGCAGGUUGGGCAAUUUCCUCGUUUACAAAUAAAAUGGCUGGGGCCAGAGGCGAGAUGGCUUCCACCGCGACAGCAAACGGAGCACCUUUGGCACAAACGCAAUCAAUGCCUGCUUCUGGACGCAGCACACCCGCCAUCAAUGUUUCGUCCGACAAAGCGACUACUGCUCCAUCAAGACCGCGAGUCUCGCAACCAGCGAAAAGCUCCACACAAGCGAUUGAGCCAGAAGAUGCGUGGGAAGAAGAGGACACGAUGGAUGCUUGGGGGACCAUGGACGAUGAUGGAGAUAACUUCUUUGAUGCAUCGUCCUCGCAACGUACCAACACAACUACACCUGAACCUGCAGCAGCCUUCGAUGACGGCGGCGAGCCGGAUUUCGCUGGCUGGUUAGCCGCACAGUCCAAAUCGAAGUCGCAGAAACCACUCCCAAAGGGCUUGUCUAAAACGAAUACCACGGUGUCAACUUUGAACGUCCGUCCUACUGGCCCAGCGAGAAGUGUGUCCGCAGGCGUUGGAACCGCCGGGAUUAAUGCAAAGAGACCGGUCAUUGCGACCGCGAGGAGUGCAGCACCGAUAGCAGCAAAGAAAGAAAUCAAGAAAGGCACGCCAAAGCCUAAAGAGCCUGACAUUAAUGACGAUGACUGGGGUGAGGCAUGGGACUGACACAAAAAGCUGUGCAUCGAGAUUCUGGGAGCAGUAGCCAUCUUUGACGUCGGUUUACCAGCUGGCCCGUUUUGAGGUGGUAAUGCUUGGAGCCGUUUGACAGGGCAGCAAACAACUCUGUUCAAAUUAUCCAUUGUGGCGCACGUCUUUCUUAGUGAAUCGGCCACAUAAAGGACUGAGUGCACAUCAUGUACGGCGACCUUUGUUGGUCUCUUCGACGACUUUAGCCUCUUGGGCACAGAUUGUUUGCGCGGCCGGGUGGAAACGACACAUAUCCUUCUACCGCGACAAACAGAGUGAAUUCGUUGAAAUAAUGGACAUUGGCACCGGAACAUUUCAAUGACUGAACCGACAUAGUCAUUAUCACUUCAACCUUGGAUAUGUCAAUGCUUCCAUAUUGGUUUGGAUAUCGCGCAAUGUCGGCCAUCCCGCCUACCAAAAUCGGUUCCGGUCAUGGUACAACCCCUUCAAUAUUCUCUGGCGAUUCUUCCGACACAGGGUCUACGAUGGAGAGGUUCUCUGAGGAAUUCAUCGAAAAGAAACGAACACAGCAAGUUCAAGCUGAUCCUGUAUUGGACGACCCUGAUUCAGCACCCGAAGAACUCCUGGUUGAUCCCGAUUCCAAUGAAGGCCGCCGACUACGUCUCAUAGAAGAAGCUCGGCGAACUAGGUUACAGAUGGAGGAACAGCGGAGAGAAGCCGUUGAGAGGGUCAGAGCAGAAAUCGAGGCGAGGAUGUCCACACCCCAAAAGACAAACAAUUCUGAACGAGGAUCGAAAUCGAAGAGAAGACGUAACCGUGGAAGAGGGAAUCAUGGUGGGCAAGCGAGGGAUGUGACAUCUCAACAACGCAUCCAUUCACAGGAAAGGCCAGGGUCGGGUACUGCAAUCCAGCCGGAAGCCGGUCUACAGGGACAGUCACUUCCUCGAGAUGCUCAGACGGUGCCCGCACCUCUUGGUUCCAACGGUGAAAAUCUGCACCAAACAGCUCGUGGCCAAGGUCAACAAUCGCGCAACUCUCUUCCACAGGCCAUGGCGCGAGAGUCACAGGGGCGACACAACUCAUCCGGAAGCGACUUGCAGGCUCAGAGCUCACUGUAUGGUCGGAACCUGCGAGCUCCCUAUUUUCAACUUGCAGCUGGAGCACACAAUGCGCAGGCGGAACCAGCGCCGUUACAGGCGAGAUGGCCUCUGGCUCGAGGUGUCUAUGGUCGUCGAUCAUCUACAACAACCGUAUCUUCAAAUAGACAGGCUUCCUUCUCACCGCCCGCCUCUUUGGCGCCUCUUUCUCCUUGUACCCCACGCGCUUCUGCGGCAGAAUUCACGAACAACGUCACGCCGAACGACGAGGGUAGCAUCAGGGGAGGACCACCAUUCUUCCAACCUACUCGAGCUGCCGAGGUGGAACGUCUGUCACAAGCACAGCACUCACGCAACGACCCGGCCUUGCAACAAGAGAUAGCUUGGGAACGUGACACACUCUGGAGAAUUCUGAGGCAGCACUUUGGCCUCGCUGAUUCGCAAAUUCGAGCACUAUUGGAAAACGAAAAGAACGGGCGGGGGGGAAUGGAGUGGGCUUUUGUGUAAUUUUGGGCGGUCGUUCGGUCUGGGAUCUCUCUGUGCAUGCUGUACUUUGGCAUUGAAACGGCUUUGAGCAAUCUGGAGCAGCGUUGUGCGACGGCCUCGGUGUCUCCUGCCGGUGGUUUGUCCACGGACCAGUUUGACGCACCCCCAAGACACAUGUCAUCAUCUCUCCGCAACCGAUGCCAGUCGUGGUGUCCUGUAACCAAAGUAUUUUCCCUCCCAUGCCAUCCUCAAUUGAUG